AUGCAAGACAUCGACCGCGAGAAGAAGGCUGGUCCUUCGCCGCUGCUUCCGGAUCUGCGGAGGAAUAGAACCACCACGAGACUCACUGUCUUAGCAUCAGCUAUAGCUUUCGUAGCAGCAUUGCUACUGCUGGCUAUCGCUACACCACAAAGCCUGAGAAACAGAUUAACGCCAUGGCUAAGCUACGAGCCAUCGAAGCAAGAAUGGGCACUCCCAUUGGGAGCUAAUGGAGAUGAGUACCUGCUGGGGGUAGGCAAGGCUGAUAUCACCGGCCCCUGCGUAGAGAUCAACUUGAUGGGCUAUGCCGACCCAAAUCAAAUUGGCACAGGCUUAAGGCAACGAUUGUACUCACGCGCAUUCAUCGUUGCAGACCCUUCAAGUCCUUCGGACAGGUUCAUCUACCUUGUUCUCGAUACUCAAUCCGGGGACACGGCUGUCCGUUACGGCAUCUUGUCUGGGCUCCAGCAGCUAGGACCCGAAUACGCCGACUAUGGUCAUCACAACUUAGCUGUUACCGGUACUCACUCACAUUCGGGCCCUGCGGCUUGGCUUAAUUAUCUGCUACCCCAGAUCACAAGCAAGGGCUUUGAUCAACAAAGCUACCGGGCCAUUGUAGACGGCGCUCUGCUAUCUAUCAAGAGAGCUCAUGAAAGCCUCGCACCUGGCUAUCUUAGUGUUGGGACGACUAAAGUUUUUGGCGCGAACAUCAACCGGAGCUUAUUUGCCUACCUCGCCAACCCGGAAGAUGAACGGGCGAAGUACAAUAUAAGCUCUGAAGAUGACGGAUCCGUAGAAAAGGAUUUGACUUUGCUCAAGUUUCAGAGGUCGUCUGAUGGGAAAAACAUUGGGGUCUUGACGUGGUUUCCUACCCAUGGUACUUCGGUGCUUGGCAACAAUACUCUCAUCUCUGGUGACAACAAGGGUGUGGCUGCUUACUUAUUCGAAAAGAGUGUGGUGGACGACGACACCGCCGCCGAAGGUUUCGUAGCCGGCUUCUCGCAGGCUAAUGUUGGUGAUACAAGUCCUAAUGUCCUGGGAGCUUGGUGCGAAGAUGGCACGGGGCAGAUGUGCAGCUUUGAGAACAGCACAUGCAGCGAUGGUAGAUCCCAAAAAUGCCAUGCCCGCGGACCAUUUUUCAGGGCCAACGACGAGGGCACAUCCUCGUGUUUCGAGAUUGGUAAACGCCAAUUCGAGCCUGCGAAGAAGCUAUACGAUGAAAUGAACCAGGCCUCCACCCCUAUCCGCGGGAAAUGGGUCAAAUCGUUCCAUACCUUCCACAGCAUGUCCAACUUUCAGUUUGAGCUCCCCAACGGCACGGAGGUCAGCACAUGUCCAGCGGCCUUGGGCUACUCCUUUGCUGCGGGGACAUCGGAUGGUCCUGGUGCAUUUGACUUCACGCAACACAACGGGAACCCAAACACGACGUCGCCUGUAUGGCAGGUCGUCUCUGGAAUAUUGAAAUCACCGAAUAAGGAACAAAUUGCGUGUCAUGGCGCGAAACCUAUCCUUCUCGAUGUGGGCGAGGUCUCGACGCCGUACGAGUGGACCCCUAAUGUUGUUGAUGUCCAGGCUUUCCGAGUUGGACAGUUAGUUAUCAUCGUUAGCCCAGGCGAAGCCACGACGAUGGCGGGUCGUCGGUGGAAGAACGCUGUGGCGAUGGAGGCUGAGGCGCGAUUCAGUAGUGAAGAGAACGCCGAGUCUCCUGUUGUUGUAUUGGGUGGGCCGGCGAAUAGUUACACCCAUUAUAUUACCACCGAGGAAGAAUAUAGCAUCCAGAGAUACGAGGGAGCAAGCACAUUAUACGGACCACAUACCUUAGCAGCAUACAUCAACGUCACACUAUCAUGGAUCUCCUCCCUCGCCGCCUCCUCCACCACACAACCGCCCCGCGGCCCCGAGCCCCCAAAUAACAGCAACCGCAGCCUCUCCUUCAUACCCUCCGUUAUCCGGGACGGGACGCCAUUCUUCCAGGCCUUCGGCGACGUCGUACAAGACGUCUCCGACAGCGGGAAAUAUCAGAAAGGCGAGCCCGUGACGGUGAAAUUCGUCGGCGCGAACCCCAGGAACAACUUACGCCUCGAACGGACCUACGCAGUCGUCGAGAAGCUGACGGCAGAUAAGUGGCAGGUCGUCCGUGAUGAUGCGGAUUGGCACCUCGUCUUCCGAUGGCGCCGAGUCAGCGAGUUGCUCGGCACGAGCGAGGUCGCUGUCACGUGGGAGACGGUCGACCCGUGGGCUGAGGCCGGGACGUAUCGCAUCAAGUACUUUGGGAGCGCCAAGAGCUUGGGUGGGAAAAUCACGGAGUUCGAAGGCGUUAGUGGGACUUUUGAACUUGUGGGUUAG